AAAUUCGGAGAAGACUUCUGGGCUAUAGGGUUAUUGUCAAAGUCCAAAAACCAAAAUUAUUUUUACAAAAUCUAUUUUCUCCUAGAUUUUCGACUACAAAUAACUGGAAUAAUUGAGAAAAGUAUCCAAAACAGAAAUGGAAGAUCAGCGUAUUGAACGUUCUUAUGGUGGAUGUGAAGGUCCAAAUGCAAUGUAUGUUAAACUCAUAUCGUCUGAUGGUCAUGAAUUUAUUGUGAAGCGUGAACAUGCAUUGACUUCUGGAACAAUCAAAGCGAUGCUCUCUGGUCCUGGACAAUUUGCAGAAAAUGAAGCAAAUGAAGUGAACUUUCGAGAAAUUCCGUCACAUGUUCUUCAGAAAGUCUGCAUGUACUUCACUUACAAAGUACGAUACACCAAUAGCUCCACGGAAAUCCCAGAAUUUCCAAUUGCCCCAGAGAUUGCAUUGGAAUUACUUAUGGCGGCUAAUUUUUUAGAUUGCUAAGCUGAUUUAAAGUUAACUGGAAAUAUAUUUUUAAUUCACCUUCCUGUCCACUUUUUAAUGCUUACAGAAGUUUUAGUUGUUUUUUUUUAAUCAGCUCAUAAUAUAUCCAUAAACUCAGUGUAUAAAGAAAUAAAUUCCAGUUCAAUCAAA